AUGCGCAGUCAGUCCCGCCGGGUCAGCCCUCAGCCCCGCCCCCCAGAGCGCUGGCUUUCCGGAGAGCCAGCGGGCGGGCGUACGGACGCUUACGCGCGGGCUGCGGCUGCGCAGUGCCGUUGGGUCCGGCAGGUGGUGAAAGUCUGGGCUGUGGGGCCCCGGCCAAGUCUCGGCAGCACGGAGGUGCAGGGUGUCGCCGAGAGUGCGGGGCCGGGCGCCGCCGGCGGUGUGCCCGGCCCCGGGGCCCCGGCUCCUGCUGCGGCUCCGGCCCUGACUCCCGCGCCUGUGGCGGCGCCGGCCUCGCAGUUCACCCUGCUGGUGAUGCAGCCCUGUGCGGGGCAGGACGGGCCUGCGGCCGAGGGCGUCCUGAGGCCCGGCCCGGCCCCCGGGGGCAGCGUCGGCGCGGGCAAGCCCGUCAGGUACCUGUGUGAAGUGCCUGGGGAUGGCGAGGAGGAGGCGGGGGAGGACGAAGCCGACCUGCUGGACACUUCGGACCCCCCGGGGGGAGGCGAGAGCACGGCUAGUUUGGAGGAUCUGGAGGACGAGGAGGCCCACUCGGGGGGCGAGGGCAGCAGCGGGGGCGCCCGCAGGCGGGGCAGCGGCGGGAGCAGCGGAAGCAAGACCUGCACCUACGAGGGCUGCAGCGAGACCACGAGCCAGGUGGCCAAGCAGCGCAAGCCCUGGAUGUGCAAAAAGCACCGUAACAAGAUGUACAAGGACAAGUACAAAAAGAAGAAGAGCGACCAGGCCCUGAACUGUGGUGGGACCGCCUCUGCUGGCAGCGCGGGAAACGUCAAACUGGAGGAAAGUGCAGAUAACAUACUCUCCAUUGUUAAACAAAGAACAGGAUCUUUUGGGGAUCGUCCUGCAAGACCUACUCUUUUAGAACAAGUGUUAAAUCAAAAAAGACUGUCAUUACUGAGAAGUCCAGAAGUAGUGCAGUUUUUACAGAAGCAGCAACAACUAUUAAAUCAGCAAGUUUUGGAGCAAAGACAGCAGCAGUUUCCAGGAGCAUCGGUCUGUAUACGAUUACUCUGAUUUUAAAUACUAGCUGUGCAAAUGCUUUCAAGUAGGAUGAAAAGUGGCCCCUGAAGAUAUCCAUGUGUUAAUUCCAAGAACUUGUGGAUGUUGUCUUAGAUGGCAAAAGGGACUUUGCAGAUGUGAUUAAGCUGAGGAUCUUGAGAUGGGGAGGUUAUCCUCAAUUAUCUGGAUGGGCUCUGGAUGUAAUCACAGGUGUCCUUGUACAAGCAAGGUAGAGAAGACUUGACUACAAAGAGGAUGCAGAUGUGAUGAAGCAAGAGGUUGGAGGCAUUCAAGAGAAGGGUAACCAGCCAAGGGAAUACAGGCAGCCUCCAGAAGCUAGCAAAAGCAAGAAAACAAAUUCUCUCUUAGAGCUUCCAGAAGGAACCAACUUUGCCAACACCUUGACAUUAGCCCAGUGAGACAGAUUUCAGAUUUCUGGCCUCCAGAACUGUAAGAGAAUAAAUUUGUGUUUUUUUAAGCCACUAAAUUCAUGGCUCUUUUUUACAGCAGCAACAGGAAACUAAUAUCAAUCCUCAAGAGAUAGGGGAA